AUGUUCUGGUUUGAUCCUAUCGGGACCGGGCGCUGUACAGUUCUUCAUCGACGUGAUGGCAUGUCGUAUUUCGGAAGGAAGAAUCGAAGGAGCGAUAUAUUCGUCUUGCCUAAGAUGAGGGAUUCUCAUGAUUAUGAUGCUCGUACAACGAUGCAACCGUCACUAGAACCAUCUUCUCGAGCAUCACAGCUCAAUAUGCAAAAGAAUCCAGUGAUAAGUUCUGACUUCAAAGUCCAAAUGUGGCAGAAUCGGCCAUUUGACAGUGGUGUGCACACUAUGGUCCAUAGCCAGACGCCAUCAGUUAUGUCAAUGACGUCAACUCGUGCUGGUUCACGAAUCUCCACUAUGUCCUCCCUUGUCGACGCCGAUACAGCUGAACUAACUGACCAGCAACAGCAGAAAUUCGAAAAUAUAUCUUUGGCCCUGUGCCCAACGCAUCCGGAAUAUGCGAAUGCAGAAGGAGUGAUUCCUGAACUGAUCAAUCUCAUGAAGGACAGCGAUGAGGUGGUGGUAUACAAAGCGUUAUUCAUCAUGCAGAAUAUCGCGAAACUGGACGCCGACAUUUCGAGAACUCCUAAUGCUCGAAUUCGUGGCGAGGGCGCAGUGACGGCUAUUGUUAAUGUGUUGCAAGAACAUCGUGAUAGCCCUAAUAUCAUUCGUAUGGCAUUAGGGACGUUGUUCCAAAUUUGUAUAAGAGCAGAUGGUCUAGAGGAUGUCGCUCGUGUAAAUGGGCAAUGCAACGGUGAAUUGAUUCGAGCACUCAUUGAUCAUGCCAGGUUAGCCGUGGUUACAUUAAAAAAAAAGAGUGGGAUGGUACUCCUCAUGUGA